AUGUCCGAUAACGAAGAGAUCCGGGACGACGCACAAAUGAGUCAAGAAGCAGAGGCUGCGUCUGCCAACACGCAGGUUGCUGAGUUGAAUGACGACGAAGAUAUUACAAUGGCAGAUGCUGGAGUUCAAGGCGAGGCGAUACCUCAGGCGGCUGCGAAAACCGAGCCCAAUUUAUUAGAAUUCUUUCCAGAUACAGAGUUUGACGAUGAAUUUCCAAGUAUAAAUGCGAAAGAGGAAAAGCUGUCGAGCUCACCUGAAGCGCCAGCUUCCCCAGUAAAUAUAGGUCCUGCAUCGCGAGCAUCAGAUCCAGAAGUUAUGCGAUCCUUUUAUCAGAGACUUUUCCCUUGGCGCCACUUAUUUCAAUGGCUUAAUCAUUCUCCGACGCCCUCAACCGACUUUGGACAUCGUGAAUUUGCCUUCACCCUUCAAAACGAUGCAUACUUGCGAUACCAAGCAUUCCCAACCUCCGAUCUUCUACGUAAGGAUGUCCUUCGUCUCAUGCCGUCCAGAUUCGAAAUUGGUCCAGUGUAUAGUACAAAUCCCAGGGAUCGCAAAACACUUCGCAAGUCUUCCGCCUUUCGACCAAUAGCAAAGGAGUUAUGCUUUGAUAUCGAUUUGACGGAUUACGACGAGAUCAGAACGUGCUGUGACAAAGCAAAUAUCUGCAACAAGUGCUGGCAAUUCAUUACGAUGGCCAUCAAAGUGGUUGAUGUUGCGCUACGAGAUGAUUUUGGUUUUAAACAUAUCAUGUGGGUAUACUCUGGAAGGAGAGGAGCUCACGCUUGGGUAUGCGACAAGAAAGCUAGGCAAAUGGACGACCAGAAGAGAAGGGCUAUUGCCGGAUAUCUAGAAGUCAUUCGAGGUGGAUCGCAAACUGCGAAAAAGGUUAAUGUGAAAAGACCAUUGCACCCGCAUGUAUUACGAAGUCUUGAUAUACUCAAAAGUCACUUUCAAAACGACAUCCUUCACGAUCAAGAUCCAUGGGAGGAAGACGAUAAAAUCGACAAGUUAUUACAGCUUCUACCUGACAGAACACUCAAUGAAAGUUUACGGAAAAAAUGGAGCUCUGCUCCUGGACGGUCAUCAACGUCAAAAUGGGCCGAUAUUGAUGCAUUGGCAAAAUCCACCAAGGGUUUGGAUCCAAGAGCCUUACUGGAAGCCAAGCAAGAUAUAGUUCUCGAAUACACGUACCCUCGACUCGAUAUCGAAGUCAGCAAACACCUCAACCAUUUACUCAAAAGUCCUUUCGUCGUACACCCAGGCACAGGAAGAGUGUGUGUUCCUAUAGAUACUAGACAUCUAGUGGACUUUGAUCCUCUUGCUGUACCAACUGUGACCGAACUUCUUGGCGAGAUCGAUCAGUGGACGCCACCUGAAGAUGGGGAUACGGAUGGAAAAAGCAUACAAGAUUGGGAGAAAACGAGCCUGAAGCCAUACGUAGACUACUUCAGAUCAUUUGUCACUGCUCUGAUGAAAGACGAAAGCGAUGUCAAAAUCAAAAGGGAGCGAGAGACAGAUGCGAUGGCAUUCUAA